GCUCUUCCGCCAGAUUUCACAACUUUGACCUGAUAGUCGGCUUGGCGUUAUUAGACUGUAGCUACGUCCGGCGGUUAAUUAAAAUUCAAUUUCAUGAAACGAGAUUUGUACAGCACUAACGAUUAUUCGUUGUCUUGCUAAAGAAACAAUGCGAGAGAUUGUUAGACGCGAUUAGACAGUCACCCGAGACCUCCGAUUAUAAAGAUACAAGAUGACGGAUUCCAAGUAUUUUACCACUACGAAGAAGGGCGAGAUAUUCGAGCUCAAGUCGGAGCUGAACAAUGAGAAGAAGGAGAAGAAGAAGGAAGCCGUGAAGAAGGUGAUCGCUUCCAUGACAGUUGGGAAAGACGUGUCCGCGCUGUUUCCCGACGUGGUGAACUGCAUGCAGACCGACAAUCUGGAACUGAAGAAGCUGGUGUACCUGUACCUGAUGAACUACGCCAAGAGCCAACCCGACAUGGCCAUCAUGGCGGUCAACACGUUCGUCAAGGAGCUAGCGACAUCUCCGAUGACAAAGGACUGCGAAGACCCGAAUCCGCUGAUACGCGCGCUAGCAGUUCGCACGAUGGGCUGUAUACGUGUCGACAAGAUAACCGAGUAUCUGUGCGAGCCGCUGCGCAAGUGCCUGAAGGACGAGGACCCGUAUGUGCGCAAGACCGCAGCCGUGUGCGUCGCUAAACUUUAUGACAUUAACGCGGCCUUGGUCGAGGACCAGGGGUUCCUGGAUCAGUUGAAGGAUCUCCUGUCCGACAGCAAUCCAAUGGUUGUCGCAAAUGCGGUAGCUGCUCUGUCUGAGAUCAACGAGGCCAGUCCGAGCGGUCAACCAUUGGUAGAAAUGAACGCGCAGACUAUAAACAAGUUGCUGACAGCGCUCAACGAGUGCACGGAAUGGGGCCAAGUUUUCAUCCUGGAUUCACUGGCGAACUACUCGCCCAAAGACGACCGCGAGGCACAAAGCAUUUGCGAACGCAUCACUCCACGUCUGGCCCACGCUAACGCUGCAGUCGUGCUUUCUGCUGUCAAAGUAUUAAUGAAAUUGAUGGAGAUGCUGCAGUCAGAGUCCGAUUUUGUCGGCACACUUACGAAGAAAUUGGCGCCUCCCCUCGUCACGUUAUUGAGCUCCGAACCGGAGGUUCAGUACGUCGCAUUGAGGAACAUCAAUCUCAUUGUGCAGAAGCGACCAGAUAUUCUGAAGCACGAGAUGAAAGUAUUCUUCGUCAAGUACAACGAUCCCAUUUACGUAAAAUUGGAGAAGCUGGACAUUAUGAUUCGUUUAGCGUCGCAGGCCAACAUCGCACAAGUCCUGUCGGAGCUGAAGGAAUACGCCACCGAAGUCGACGUGGAUUUCGUUAGGAAAGCUGUGAGGGCCAUCGGUCGCUGCGCCAUAAAAGUUGAGCCAUCCGCGGAGCGCUGCGUCUCCACGUUACUGGACCUGAUACAAACGAAAGUGAAUUACGUCGUUCAAGAAGCAAUUGUGGUAAUAAAAGACAUCUUCCGCAAGUACCCUAACAAGUACGAAAGCAUAAUUUCAACUCUAUGCGAAAAUCUCGACACUCUCGACGAGCCUGAAGCGCGUGCCUCCAUGAUAUGGAUUAUUGGAGAAUACGCGGAGCGUAUCGACAACGCUGAUGAAUUGCUGGAGAGCUUCCUGGAGGGAUUCCACGACGAAAAUACGCAGGUGCAGCUGCAGUUGCUCACCGCGAUUGUCAAACUGUUCCUCAAGAGGCCCACGGACACGCAGGAGUUGGUUCAGCAGGUGCUCAGCCUGGCCACGCAGGAUUCCGAUAAUCCCGAUCUGCGAGACCGCGGUUUCAUCUACUGGCGGCUGCUCAGCACCGAUCCGGCAGCCGCCAAGGAGGUGGUGCUCGCGGAGAAGCCUCUAAUCUCGGAGGAGACGGAUCUGCUGGAGCCGACAUUGUUGGACGAAUUGAUUUGCCAUAUCUCGAGCUUGGCGUCCGUGUAUCACAAACCACCCACGGCGUUCGUGGAAGGCAGAGCGGCUGGCGCUAGGAAGUCGUUGCCCGCUAGAAGCAACUCGAACGAGGACCGCACAACCGCACAACCCCAUGCUGCGCAGGUCAUACCCGCUCAGGACUCCCUGAUCGGCGAUCUCCUUAGCAUGGAUAUCGGUGGACCAGCAAUGGUCACACCUGCGCCCGCGCCACAGUCCACGGGACUAGGGCUGGAUCUUCUGGGCGGUGGUCUCGAUGGGAUCCUGAACGACAACACGACUGCGCCAGCAGCUGUUUCCCAGAGCACAACCGGUCUGCUUGGCGACAUAUUCGGCUUCAGCCAAGGUCCCACGCCUUACAUAUCUCCCAAAGUUAACUGGCUACCAGCCGAAAAGGGCAAAGGCUUCGAUAUCUGGGGCACGUUCUCGAGAAAGAAUGGGCAGAUUAGCAUGGACUUGACCUUCACGAACAAAGCGAUGCAACCUAUGGGAGGAUUCGCGAUACAGCUCAACAAGAACAGCUUCGGAUUGACGCCAGCGACCCCGUUGCAAGUGCCAGCUCCCCUAAGCCCCGGAUCCAGUAUAGAAGCGAACGUUAUACUGUCCACUGCUGGUGCGGUGCAACGCAUGGAUCCUUUGAACAAUCUUCAGGUUGCUAUCAAAAACAACAUCGACGUGUUCUACUUCGCGUGUCUCGUGCCUAUGAAUGUGUACUUUGCGGAAGAUGGACAGCUGGACAAGAGGGUGUUCCUCUCUACCUGGAAAGAUAUACCCGCACAAAAUGAGGUACAAUAUACGCUAAACGGAGUGAUGUUGACCGCGGAUCAAGUGGUGCAAAAGAUGCAACAGAAUAACGUCUUCACAAUCGCCAAGAGGAACGUGGAGGGACAGGAUAUGCUUUAUCAGUCUCUCAAGCUGACGAACAAUGUCUGGGUACUGAACGAGUUGAAGAUUCAGCCAGGCAAUCCCGACGUCACGCUGUCCCUGAAAUCUCGGUCCGUAGAAGUCGCCUCUGGAGUAUUUCAAGCGUACAAUGCGAUUUUACAUUCUUAAGUUGUCUCCUUUCUCGUCAACUAGGAUAGGAUAUGAUAUUGCUCUAAGAUGCGAAUUAUAAAAGACAAAUACGCGAGCAUGCGCAGCAGCUUAUAUAUAGAAAGCUAUCUAUAUACAUCCGCAUGAGGCUCGAGAGUCAUCUUGGAAACACAGUGCUAUACAGGAAUCUCUGUUACAGAUUGCCGAAUUUAUUAUAAAAACGACCAUGGGCGUGUAUGCAAAUAAAGAGAAAUAAAGAUUUAUGAUCACGUCUA